AUGAUAGAAAAUGAAACAAAGAAACGUAUAAAUAAAUCAGCAGAAAAAGUAAUUACAACUAGAAAUGAUAAUAAUAAUAAUAUUAAGUCAACUCAAGGUGGUACCAAGGUAGAUCCACAUUGGGGACGUUCACAUAAUAUUAGUUAUUUAACAGCAUUCCUUUCAUCAUUACUGAUGUUUACAUCACCAUUGAUGGUAAUUUACUUUUGGACUGCAUGUAAUUCCUACGGAUGUUCAUUGGCCGAACCAGCAAUAGAAUUAUAUUCGUUACUUUCAUCACCGACACCCAGUAUCGUAGCGGUUCAAUCAUUCCUUUAUUCUUUAUUGCCUGUACCAACUUUAGAAGCAGCCAAGUUAUAUGUCUAUUGGUUAUUAUUCCAAUUCGUUCUGUACGUAGUGUUACCAGCUAAAACAGGAUACGGUCAACAGACACCGGCUGGACAUCGUCUUCCAUACAAAGUGAAUGGUCUGUUGGCAUGGGUUGUCUCACACGUCUGUUUCCUAGUUGCGUCGUGUUACUUUGAGUUGUUCCCAGCAUCACUUGUUCAACGUCAUUGGGGAGGUUUGCUAGUUGCUGCCAACUGCUACGGCUAUAGCUUAACGCUAUUCAGCUAUAUCAAAGCUCACAUUGCACCGUCACAUCCAACCGAUCGAAAGUUUACCAACUCGCGUCUCUACGAUAUAUUCAUGGGUAUCGAGUUGAAUCCAAGAUUUGGCAAUUGGUUCGAUUUCAAACUGUUCCACAAUGGCCGACCAGGAAUUGUCGCGUGGACACUCAUAAACCUUUCGUUUGGCUUUGCUCAGUAUGAGCGAAUCGGCUAUGUCACCAACUCGAUGGUACUCCUGAAUAUCCUGCACGCUGCCUACGUACUCGACUUCUUUGUCAACGAAGAUUGGUAUCUACGAACGAUCGACAUUGCUCACGAUCACUUUGGAUUCUACUUGUCGUGGGGUGAUACCGUGUGGCUUCCAUACAUGUAUACUCUUCAAUCACAUUACUUGUAUCGUAAUCCAGUGGAUCUUUCAUAUCCAAUGUUCAGUGGUGUUCUUGCUCUUGGUACCGGUGGAUAUCUAAUCUUCCGUGCAGUCAAUCAUCAAAAAGAUGUAUUUAGAAGUUCACCAAAUGGUAAUUGUAUCAUCUGGGGUAAGAAAGCAACUUUUGUUUCUGCUAAAUAUGUUACUGCCGAUGGUACUGAACAUAUCGGUCGUUUAUUAACAAGUGGUUUUUGGGGUAAUGUAAAAAAAUGUUAUAAAAGAUCGACAACUGUUAUCAUAUCGAAUACUUACUUUAUUUAUUGUUUGUUUAUUAAAACUAUACUCAUAAUUAUAGGAUUAUCACGUCAUUUUAAUUAUGUUGGUGAUUUAAUGUUAUCAUUUGCAAUGUGUUUAACAUGUGGAUUCGAACAUCUACUUCCAUAUUUCUAUAUCAUCUAUAUGACGAUGCUACUUGUUCAUAGAAUCUAUCGUGAUGAUGAACGUUGUUUUGGAAAGUAUGGUGAUUAUUGGAUUCAAUACAAGAGUAUUGUUAGAUGGAAAUUGCUUCCUUAUGUAUUUAUUAAUUUUAACAUAACUGCUUUGAAAUUUACUUCUGACAAGUCGUCAGAUGAUUCGAUUGCUGAUAUAGUGAAAGCUCAACGAAAUGAAGGAGCUUGUUCCACAACAGAUAUCGGAGCAAACAGAGAUCUUGGCUCUUAUGAACAAAAGAUUGUCAUUGGUGUUCUUCCAUCAUCACUUCAAAGAUUAUCUAUUCCUGAAAUUUAUCGAACUACCGAUUUUAGAAUAGAUGUACCAAUACCAAAUAAUUAA